AUGGGUUCUUCCAUCUUAACACUCGUUUUCUCUACUAUCCUGGCCGCUCAUCCUGUUCUUGCAGGGAGUCGUGCCUGGGAAUCUUCUAUCGUUUAUACUCCACCCAGUCACACUGAGCUGCAUGGCGACCUUUUCGUACCUGAGAAAGAGAAUGCGACAAUUGGCACGGGCUCUCGGAGGUCUACGAACACAAUCAAGAAGCGCUAUGUGACCAUCAACCCAGGUGCCGCCAACUCGGACGACCGCUUGUGGCCAAACGGCAAGAUUACAUAUUGCUUUGAGUCGAAAGCUACAAAGGAACUUUUCUUCGAAGAUCUGCUCGAGGCGAGAAAGCUAUGGGAAAACUCAGGGCUUGGAUCUGGCUUUGACUGGGAAGAAAAGGACGAGUCGUACUGUAACAACAACGCGAACAGGCCGAACUUCCUUCUCAUCACCAAGAGCGAUGGGCUGUCCUGUACUGUUGGCAUACCGCCUCUUAAUAAGAUGAGCGGCGACCCAGAGAACAGAGGGCCUCUAAUGAGACUGACUGCCGAUCUUGAUAUUGGAAAGCAAAACUUGGUUGCCAAUUUUGCGCAUCAAAUGGGUCAUGCGUGGGGCCUGCAUCAUGAGCAUCAAAACCCAGCUUUCUGGUCAUCUGACUACGCUGCUGCCGGCGGAAAUGUCUUCGGUUCUUCAAAUUUCAAAUGCCAGAACCUGAAAGACUACGCCAGCGUCGCUGCGACACUGACUGCCGAUCAAAUGAAGAAAGCCUGCACUUCGAGGGCUUUUGCUAAGGCUCAUCGAUUCAGCGCUGCUGAGUAUCUCCCAUUUGCUGAUUCAACUGCAUACAGAGCGAGCAAGUCGGUUACGGAACCUGAUUGGGACUCUAUCAUGAUCUACGAUAGUGGUAUGGGAUCAGUCUUGACCAAGCCGAAUGGAGACCAGAUCAAGCAAGUCCUUGCUCCUAGCCAGCGCGAUGUCGAGGGUCUAAAACUGCUUUAUGGCAUUUCGCCCAAGUCAAAGUUCAAUCCACUUGGAAGUAAGUCUAAUUCCAAGAGGAACAAGUUCAAUGACAUCCGUAAGAAAGAGAGGGACAGUGGGUGUGGAGAGGUCCCCGAUGAUGAUCCGAAAGGGCAAGUCUUGUGUACUCCCGCUACCUGCGGUGGAGGCUCUUGCCCGGCUAAGAAAGCACGAGCUGUAGAGGCCACAAGUAACCGGAAGGCAUUGCCUCGUGCAAUCCCGACAACAGCAGACCCCGUGUUUGGUUUCCUGAACAAACCAACACCGGGAGGUCUGGACGCUUUUGCCCAAGAGUUCUUCGAUACCAAACCUUUCUUAGUUGACUUGGAGGAUGUCGACAGUCGUGAGCGUUCCACUUCUAUCUUCAUGCAAUGGAAACAAGCUAACAAGAGACAGUCGCAUCAUUGGGAAAGUUGGUGGAAGGGAAAGGCGACGGAAGAGCAAUUCCGAAACGCAGUCAUUAAGCCGCUAGUAGAAGGCGAUAUCGACAAUCCCUCCUUCCUAGGAUUUCCUCAACUCCCCAAGGAUUGCUUAACUAAAGAGAAGAAUCUCAAGGCAACCAUAUUCACACCAACCUUUGUCGCCGGGACCACAUCAAAGUACCAGGCAAAGGUAGCAAUGCUUGUCUCAGCUGUUGCUGAGUCCAUGUCAAUAGCAGAGUCCGAUAUCAAGAUCCAACUUUAUGACGCUAACGUGGACGACAAUUACAAAGACGAUUGGCAACAGGUCAAAAACACCGACACAGCAAGUGGCAAGGUAAUGCUGACUUACAACAACGACAUCUUCAAUGAUGGGAACAGGGCUGCAUACCAAGUCUGGGGUGGAGCUUUGGUGGACGGUGUAAAGCAAGCUAACAGUGCUAUCACUGAAGCAAUGAUGCAGGACGAUUGGAAACCAAACUUCUCAAGAAAACGAGCGAUUCUGAGAUUCUUUGGUUUGGCCUAG